CUCUGAUUGGCUGGUUCAGGGCAGGAAGUGAUGUAACAUUCCUGCCCUGUUCUGGAGAUCUGGAAUAACAGAGAGCGGUUACCCUGGCUACAGCCACAGUCGCCUAGGUAACCAGCCCCCUGAGGCUGCAACAGCUGUUAUCACAAGGUUACCGUAGCAACGAGCAGCGGAGAUGCUGGAAUGUGAUUCAACUCUUCUCUUCAUCUGUGCAUGUCGUUACAGAUGAACGGAUCCGAGGGAGAGCUGGAGUACGAAGAGAUCACGCUGGAGAGGGGGAACUCUGGACUGGGCUUCAGCAUCGCAGGAGGAACCGAUAAUCCUCACAUCGGAGACGACCCGUCCAUCUUCAUCACCAAGAUCAUCCCUGGAGGAGCUGCUGCCCAGGAUGGACGCCUCAGGGUGAACGACAGCAUCGUUUUUGUGAACGACGUGGACGUGCGAGAAGUCUCUCACUCAUUGGCUGUGGAGGCCCUGAAGGAGGCGGGGCCUGUGGUCCGACUCUACGUCCUGAGGCGCCGCCCCCCCACCGAACGCAUCAUGCAGGUCAAACUGAUGAAGGGACCCAAAGGUCUGGGCUUCAGCAUAGCGGGCGGAGUGGGGAACCAGCACGUUCCCGGAGACAACAGCAUCUACGUCACCAAGAUCAUCGAAGGCGGAGCGGCACACCGAGACGGACGGCUGCAGAUCGGAGACAAGAUCCUGGCUGUGAACCACAUGUCUCUGGAGGACGUCCUGCAUGAAGACGCCGUGGCGGCCCUAAAGAACACCGGAGAGGUGGUUUACCUGAAGGUGGCCACCCCCACCUCCCAGUACAUCCACCAGGUGGACCGGUACAGCCCGCCGGACCUCACCAGCUCCUACAUGGAGCCGGACUACAUGUGUGAUUACCCACAAGCCCUGCCGCCCCCCUCGCCCCGCCGCUACUCCCCCAUCCCCCGCGGCAUCAUGGGGGAGGACGACUACUCCAGGGAGCCCCGCAGGGUCUGCAUCCAGAGGGGGUCCACGGGUCUGGGCUUCAACAUCGUGGGGGGGGAGGAUGGAGAGGGCAUCUUCAUCUCCUUCAUCCUGGCGGGAGGUCCGGCUGACCUGAGCGGGGAGCUCCGCAAAGGAGACCAGAUCCUCAGCGUGAACGGGGUGGACCUCAGGUACGCCACCCAUGAGCAGGCUGCAGCAGCCUUGAAGAACGCCGGGCAGACUGUGACCAUCGUAGCUCAGUACCGACCCGAGGAGUACAGUCGCUUUGAGGCAAAGAUCCACGACCUGAGGGAGCAGAUGAUGAACAGCUCAUCAGGCAGUCUGAGGAACAACAGAACCUUCUACGUCAGGGCCCUGUUUGACUACGAUAAGCAGUGGGACUGUGGCGUCCUGUCACAGGCUCUGGACUUUAACUUUGGGGAGGUCCUCCAUGUGAUUGACAGCGCUGAUGACGAAUGGUGGCAGGCUAGAAGACUCAACCAGCAGGGGGAGCUGGAGGAGCUGGGCUACAUCCCCUCCAAACACAGGGUGGAGAGGAAGGAGUGGUCCCGCAUGAAGAGUAAAGAAUGGGCGCCCCCUGCUGUUCUCCAGGGUAAACACUGCAUCCUGGACGUCUCAGCCAACGCAGUGAGGAGGCUCCAAGCCGCUCACCUCCAUCCAAUCGCCAUCUUCAUCCGACCUCGAUCCCUGGAGAACAUCCUGGACCUGAACAAGCGCCUCUCUGAGGACCAGGCGAGGAAAGCUCUGGACCGAGCCAUCAAGCUGGAGCAGGACUUCCUGGAGUGCUUCACAGCCAUCGCUCAGGGCGACAGCUUCGACGAGGUCUACCACCAGGUCAAACUGGUCAUCGAGGAGCAGAGCGGACCCUACAUCUGGGUUCCUGCUCGGGACAGGCUCUGAUUGGCUGUCUCCAUGGUAACCUCUGUGACCAUCCACUCUGCCUCCUCUUCCUCUUGCUGCUGUGGGCGGAGCUACCCAACAUGGAUCGUUUUUCACUUUUGUUUCUACGAGAAGAUGACGAGCGAGCUCAGUGAUUGCAUGAAUGCUGUAACCAUGGCGAUCACAUCCCUGUCAGUUGGUCCACAGACCGACUGAGCGGGAGAAAAAUCCUGAAUCAUCAGAAAAUAACGAAGCAGAGACUGUAGAGUUCAGCUCCUAUUGAAGUAUUUAUAGCAACAUAUUUAUUUAUUGAUUGAUCUAUUUAUUUAUUAAUAAUUUAUGUGACGUGAAAAUGGUGUGUGCGUGUGUGAGAGUCUGUGUGUAGUGUACAUAAAGACGUGUGUGACUGUAAAUAAAACCAAGGGGCUUAAACACACAGUCUAUUCAG